UUCAAUGUGUUUCCGGCUGGUUAUCCGCGACGGAAGUACAGAGAGUGGACUGUUCUUUCUUUUUAAGCAGGCAUUUUGAACAAAGAUAUUGGGUUUAGAGUUGUAUGCUUACUAUAUUUAUCGGCAAAGAGUAUUGAUAUUGAGAUGUCGGAGGACUUGGUUAAACAGUUGAGCAACUACAAAGCCCAGCUGCAGCAAGUUGAAGUCGCUCUUUCUACUGAUCCAGACAAUGAAGACCUUCUUAAACUCCAAAAAGACUUACAGGAAGUCAUUGAUUUGACAAAAGACCUCCUGACCUCACAGCCGGCAGAGACUGUUGCCAAAACAAGUGGCUCAGACACAGUUCCCGUGAAGCAUGGCUGGAAAGUGGGAGACAGGUGUCUGGCUAUGUGGAGUCAGGACGGACAGAUUUAUGAAGCUGAGAUUGAGGAGAUAGACCGAGACAACGGCACUGCAGCCGUUACCUUCACUGGAUAUGGGAAUGCUGAAGUGAUUCCUCUACAGAACCUCAAGGCAGUAGAGGAAGGAAAGCUUUUGGAGGAGGAUGGGAGUGUAAAGCCAAAGUCGAGGAAAGAGCAGAUAGCAGAGCAGAGGGAGUAUAAAAAGAAGAAAGCUCAGAAGAAGGUACAGAGGAUGAAGGAGCUGGAGCAAGAACGAGAGGAACAAAAGUCAAAGUGGCAGCAGUUCAACAAUAAAGCCUACUCAAAGAACAAGAAAGGCCAGGUGAAGAGGAGCAUAUUUGCAUCUCCAGAAAGCGUCAACGGAAAGGUGGGAGUGGGAACGUGUGGUAUUGCAGACAAGCCUAUGACCCAGUACCAUGACACGUCCAAAUACAAUGUCAGACAUCUAAUGCCACAAUGACCUGAUAUGACCUGUACAUAAUAGUCCACUGUAUACUAGCUGUAUCAGUGCUUUCCAUUGUGUUUAUACAUGAUUUAAGUUUCUCGAGUAAAGUAAGCUUUGAAAGUAAGUGCUUGCACACCAAUGUUUUGAAAUAUUGUUGUAGUUUCAUAUAUAUAUAUAUAUAUAUAUAUAUAUAUAUAUAUAUAUAUAUAUAUAUAUAUAUAUAUAUAUAUAUCAUUAUUAUUAUUAUUAUUAUUAUCAUUAUUAUCAUUAUUAUUAUUAUCAUUAUUAUUAUUAUUAUUAGUAUUAGCCACAACAAAUAAAAUCCAUAUGAGGGACUUGCCCUCCAUUGGAGCAAGGUCAUCUAUUAUGUAAGAAAAGGAAAUAGUGUUUUAGAAAAGCCAUAGAGUUUGCCGUUUGUCCACUGAGGCCAAAUACCAUCUGUUUUAUUUAUAAACAUGCGCCUGUAGAUGUGGUGUUUGCAUUUGAGGCUGGAUUUUAAACAUUAACGUGUUCUAGGAAAGUCUGAAGAAGAAGAAUGGUGUUGAUUUUGAGUUGGCUGAAUUUAAGUUUUCCCUCAUGUACAUAUAACAGUGAAAUAAACAUUGUUUUCAGUUUUUAAA